AAAUUAGCACUUGUGUUAGGGGAAAAAUAUAAAUAAAAUGGAACAUUUCUCAUUUAUUCAGUGUUUUUAUGACUGAAAACGUGAUUUAAUUCCAACUAAAUUGAGUGUAUCCUGACUGGAUAUGCUUUAUUGCCAGUAUGCGUUCCUAAGAGAUGGGCAUUCAGACUCUGCAGGUCAUUAUCAUUACACAAACAUUGUGAAACGCAGUCCUGUCGCGCAGAAUGGAUGGCCAUUUCCGUACAGUGGGGCUCUCUCUUUGAAAUUCCAUCCCUCCGCCUUUGUUGUGCACAGCGAGGGGCGGGAAGACAAACAGGUCCACAUGUAUAAAGAGAUCAUCCCAGGACUGAGAGGCAGGAGGCUUCGAAAGCAUCGUGCCGAAACUCUUUGGAAACUUUGGGAUUCGGGACUCCAAGGCCGCUUUGGACUUUGUCGCACUGACAUUUUUUUCUGUCUGUAAAUCAGAGGGAUUUUUUUUGUCCGUGUGUUUUUGCAAGAAAGCAGAAUUUAAAAGGAGAAUCAUGCAGAUACCGGCAGCGCAUCGCUUCUUGGCUGUGUAUCUCACGCUGUUUGGAUACCUUGGGGACGUUUACACCGGGACAGUCCUGGUGAACUCCAAUGCCAUCAAAAACUUGCCCGGUGCUUCGGGUGGCAAAGGCGCCGACUCUGUCAGUCCGAGUCCGCGCACCUCUCCCUCCAGCGGCAUGGGACACAAGUUACCCGCAGACACCUUGCAGCAGUCAGGUGUUUGCACAGAUGAUGAAGAUUGUGGAGGUGAUGAAUUCUGCAACGACGCCCGCGGCGCCUGUCUGCCCUGCCGUAAGAGCCGGAAGCGUUGCGCACGGGACUCAAUGUGUUGUGCAGGAAACCGCUGCAGCAAUGGUGUUUGUCAGGCAAAUGACAUAGAUACUACAGAUGCAUCUAUCACCACUGGCUGGCACAAACACAACAACACUAUGGAGCAUCAUGCCAAGAAGCCUCCCAGUGCCCCCGGCAAUCAGCCUCAUGCCUCAAAAGGCCAGGAGGGGGAUACUUGCCUGAGAUCUGCAGACUGCUCUGAGGGUCUGUGCUGUGCCAGACACUUCUGGUCUCGCAUCUGUAAGCCUGUGCUGACUGAGGGCCAGGUGUGUACGCGCCACCGCAGGAAAGGCACCCAUGGCUUGGAGCUUUUCCAGCGCUGCGACUGUGGCGACGGUCUGGCCUGCCGACCAGAGAAAGGAGAGCGAGAUCACAGUGUCAGCAGGACAGCAGCCCGGAACCUACACACCUGUCAGAGACGCUGACACAAAAGAGUGGACACACACACACACACACACACACACAGGGACAGAUAUACAGACACACACACACCCAGCAAACCCACAAAUCAGUCACAGACACUGACAGACACUUUUCAGCUUUGCAUACACCAGAGAUGCUGACACACACACACACACACACACAUAGAUACCCAACACCUAAGACAUUCUUUCCUGCCAAAGUUGCUGACACAAACAGCACCCGGAAGGAUAGACAUGAUUCCUGGAAAAGUGAUACACCCAGAGGGAUGCAACAGUGAAAGAUGGACUGAUCCGAUUCCCCAUCAACAGAUGAGGAGUCGGAAGUUAGGAAGUGACAUUUCAGAAGUCUUGGGAAGAUCGAUUCAUGUCGUCGGUAAUGGCAGAGCUGUUUUGUUUCUCUUUUUAUGGAACUUCAGUGCAACAGUUAUUGCAGUAAAUUACUGUAUUGUAAAUAUUAUCCUCAAUGUGGCACUUAUGCUAUGGAAUCCUGUCAACACCAGUAUUAUAGAGACAUGGUGCUGCAUGAAAUGUAAAUGUGUUAUAUAUAUAUUAUAUAUAUAUAUAUAUAUAUUGUUUAGAAAAAUUGGAAUAUAUUUGUUUUAUUAAACAUCAUGUUAUAACCAUA